AUGACAAGGCUGACAGUCUUGUUGUUUAGCAUAACACACUUGUCUGGCACACUCCCAACAGAACUGGGUCAGCUACAAAGCUUGGAGAGUCUUUCGAUCGCCGCUUGCAAGCUUGAUGGGACUUUGCCUACUCAACUGGGCAACCUAAGUAAACUGGCAGUUCUGGGAUUUGAUGGAGCGAACUUUUCUGGGUCAAUUCCCGCUGAGAUUCUUGGACUGUCAAACCUGAAGCGAUUGGGUUUCAGAGAGUGCCCUAGGUUGGAUACAAAAUCUUUCCUCACCGAGGUAAUUCGAAACCUGAACAAUUUGAAAUGGCUAAGUCUAGGCUCUGGGAAAACUGGGGGGUUCACAUCAAUCCCAUCUGAAAUUGGGGAGCUGACCAACCUGGUAGAUCUUAUUUUGGCUGACUUUCAACUCAAUGGCACAAUUCCAAGUGAGAUGGGAUUGUUGACCAAGCUGAAAUACUUGGACUUGCAAAGGAACUCCAUCAAGGGCAGUUUACCAGAAGAGUUUUCAAAGUUGUCUCAGCUGAGAGUACUGUUCCUUCAUUCCAACCAAUUAGAAGGCAGACCGCUGGAACCAGAGCUGCUUCCCCAACUCACGCAGCUACGGUGGUUGCAUAUCAAUGACAACCUUUUCUCGGGCUCUAUUGCAACAGAUAUUAGUUUGUUGUCUAGUCUUGAGGAGCUUGAACUGCAAAAUACCAACCUAUCUGGGACGCUUCCGAAGGAACUACUUUUGUUGGACAACUUGACCAGCUUGGUCUUGAUGAACACGUCCUUAUCUGGGAGCAUGCCUGAUGAAUUGUGCGGCGUCAUACUCUCACCACACGAAGUGAAACGUUUUGGUGGGAAUUUUUAUUCGGUUCCAACCACCAACCUACCCCCCCCCUGA